GUCCCAGGCAACCAGGAUACAUAUUACCACGUGCUUCCGCUCCACUAGCGCGUGUUGCGGGGGCGGGGAAGGCAGCCGCUCGUCUCGUCUCGCGCGACCAAAACCACCCUUGUGCAAACAGUCAUGACGCGGCAAGCAGCAGGUCGAUGAUGCGUCCUGAUGCAACAAUAGGCAUGAACUACUUGUACAGCCGCCGUCAUGGCGUCUGACAGCGACAGCGAGUACGCCUUAUCACUUGAAGAAGAACAGUUACUGGUCUCCCUCGUCAAAGACACGCCACUUGACCGUGCUGGUUCGCCCCACGAUGCACCCAAGAGCCUUCCGAGUAGUUCGCAGCCGAGGGCUGCUUUGGUUGGCGUCGGCCGCACCAACAGCAUCAACGCCUUUGUCCACAAGACCCAGCCGCAGUCUACGCCGUCAGUCAUCCCGGCUGACGACAUCAGGUACCCGGAUCUGACUCCGGCCUUGGCCAAUGUGGAACAAUCCGAAUCCUGCGGGCAACCCAAACCUCUGGCCGAUGAUACCCCGGAUGCAAGACCGCCACUUCUUCGAUUCCGAACAUAUCCCAGGAAGCCGCUCUCAGUCUCCGACUUGACCGCAGGGGCGUGGUGCGAGCUUCAGUAUGAAUAUACCUUGACCCGGCUGCCGGGCGGCAAGAAGACUAGGACGGCGGCCAUGAAAGAAGGCAGCAAGCUUCACCAGAAACUCGAAGAUGAAGUGCACACCACCGUGCAGGUCGAGAUAGCAACCAAGGAGGAUGCUUUCGGCCUGAAAGUCUGGAACAUUAUCCAGGGUUUGAGGACGCUCCGGGACACCGGUCUGACAAGAGAGCUCGAGGUCUGGGGUCUGGUCGACGGAAACAUCGUGAAUGGUCUGAUAGACUUUCUAAGCUAUCAGAAUCCGAGCCCAGAGUUCGAAGAUGAGUGGCUCAGCAGUCAAAGCAGCCAACCCGCCACCGAGGACAAGUCGCAACAUAAGAUCACUAACUUCUUCCCGUCGGAUCGACCCGAGCCGCCUCGGACAAAGCCUUUGCGAAAGGUUUACCUGACGGAUGUCAAGACCCGAGGGUCGAAGACCCUGCCAAAAGGUGCGGCGCUGCGGCCGACCAAGGUGCAGCUGUAUCUCUACCAUCGCUUUCUAUCUGAUAUGGCCUCAGACAAGGUCGAUUUCUUGCAGGUAUUCAGGAGAUACGGCUUGGACGUUGACUCGCCCUUCUCCGACGCUUUCCUCGCACAGAUCGGCGAGUUACACGACGACGUGUUUCACGACUCCAGCUCCGUCCUGUCUACGACCACGGCGCCAUCCCAGGACUCGGAUGUGCAUGAUCUCUUGAAAUAUCGCUCGCUGCAGGAGCUUGUCCCGUUGCUUAGAGAUGAGGUCAGGUUGACCUUCCCGGCGGGCGCUGAUAGCCUGGGAAGCUUGGUGACUGUGGAAUACCGACUGCGCGGGCAAGAAGGUGAACGCAUCGGGGCCACCCUCGUUGCGGUCGACUCACAGGUCCUGGACCAGUAUCUGGAUGAAUACAUGGAGUGGUGGAGGGGUGAGAGAGCGGCGAAAGGGGUCGAAAUUGAAGAGGCGUACAAAUGCUCCUAUUGUGAAUUUGCGGACAUAUGUUCUUGGAGGAAAGAUAUCGACGAAGAAAAUCUGAGGCGGGCCCAUGAGAAGAGGAACGCGCAAAUGGAGAAGGGUGACGCCGGCGAAAGGAAGCAGCGUUCUAGGUCACCAAAACCCAGGCGAAAAAAGGGCAGCCCUUUAGCUGAAGUUGCGGCGACACCCCCAGCUAUCUUAUAAUCGUGAGAUAGGUGCCGGCGGGGGAAAAUGCAAUCACGUACAAAACAACAUCAUCCAGGCAUACAGACACAUGCAGUGUGUAUAUAUAUUUAAAUUAAAGUAUAAAAAUAGAAAGGGG